AAUUUUCCCUUUUUACUACUUGUCUAUGUUACAAUCAUUGAUUUUUUCUUCUGAAAAUGAAGUGAAGAUUUAUUAGCGCAAAUAUUAAUCGAAUACAUUCAAAAUGAUUUUGAUCGACCCAUUAACACUGAAAUAUAUAAUACUCCUUUUCAUAUGGAUCGAGUUCAUUUGGGAAAUGUACCUUUCUAUAAGACAGCGUAAAAAAGUUCAAGACACUGAGGAGGUUCCUAAGGAGCUAAAAAAUGUAAUGAAUGAACAGACUUUCCAAAAAGCAAGAUUAUACACUUUGGCUAAGAGUCAAUUUGGAUUUUACAAAGAUACAUUUUCAUUGGUGGUUACUACUUUUGUUAUAUACUCAGAUUUAUUAUCCCACUUUUGGGAGACAUCCCGAGUUCUGAGUCCUUACACUAGUGAAGUGGCUGUUAGUUGUGUGUGGUUCCUUAUCUUGCAAACUCUUUCAACAGUCGUCGACUUACCUUUCACAAUUUAUUAUACUUUUGUGUUAGAAGAGAAGUUUGGUUUCAAUAAGCAAACAGCUGGAUUUUUCAUAUGGGAUAAACUGAAGAGUUAUGCGAUUGCUCAAGUGUUUAGUAUGAUAAUAGCAUCUAUAGUUAUCCUGGUUGUGAGGAAAGGAGGAGAUUAUUUCUUUGUGUGGUUGUGGGCUGUAGUGUGUAUCAUCACAUUAGUUGUGCUCACAAUUUAUCCAUCUGUGAUAGCACCAUUGUUUGAUACAUUCGUACCCUUGCCAGAGGGUGAACUUAGAACUAAUAUAGAGAAACUUGCAUCCAAAUUAGAAUUUCCUUUGACCAACAUUUAUGUAGUAGAAGGUUCAAAGAGAUCCACUCAUAGUAACGCUUAUUUCUAUGGUUUGUUCAAGUCGAAACGAAUAGUAUUAUUUGAUACACUGUUAGCCAAGGAUGAUGGAAGUGGGUGUGGAGAUGAGGAAAUUCUUGCUGUUUUAUGCCACGAAUUGGGACACUGGAAACACAAUCACAUAACGAAAAAUAUCCUAGUAUUUCAAGUGAACCUCUUUUUGCUAUUCUAUAUUUUUGCAUUUAUGUUCAAAUAUCCACCACUGUACAAAGCACUUGGCUUUUUUAACUCUCAGCCAGUAUUGGUCGGUUUAUUAGGAGUACUUCAGUUCAUUAUGAUGCCAUAUAAUACUUUAGUCUCAUUUUUGAUGACUUGUUUAUCCAGAAUGUUCGAAUUCCAAGCAGAUGAAUUUGCAGUUAAAAUGGGCAAGGCAGAAUACUUGGAAAAAGCUCUAGUGCAGUUGAAUAAGGACAACUUAGGAUUUCCAAUUUAUGAUAAUUUCUACUCUGCUUGGCAUCAUUCUCAUCCACCAUUAUUAGAAAGAUUAGAAGCCCUCAAACAUUUCAAAAAUGAAUGAAGUAUUCCUUGUUCAAUAUGUUUUUUCCAAUUAAAUAAAAGAACAAUGUCUUUGAUAACGUAAUUUUUUCAGAACUGAUAGAAAAUUUUGUAUUGUUAUAAUUUAACUUUUUUCUCAACAUUUGUAUAAACAUUCAAUAUGAUAUUUUACAACAAGGUUUGACAUAAUAAAGAAUAUGUGGUGAAAACUA